CUGGAGAGAGACGCGUGCACAUGUACAAAUUGCCGCUUCUCCGGUCACCCCAUAACUUCCUCCAUGACGAGACAGGGGCGCCAGGGUGUGCUUGUAGCACGCGGAAAUGGUGUUCAUCUUGGGCGGCAAUUCCAUGGCCGCAGGUCUGGCGAGCUUUCUUUUCCAUUUUCAGGACGCACUUAGUAGUUCAGUCAGAUAGUAGGCUCCGCUCAAGAUGAGCUUGCCACGGAGGAGGGGCCCUCCUGAGGAGGACCCCAACAUUCCCCAAGAAGAAGACUACCCCCAAUACCCUGAAUAUGGCUUGCCACCUGGGCCGCCCCUUCCAAUGGAGCCGGGAAUGGGCUAUGACCCCAACGCAGCGGCGGCGGGGCUGCAGAGAAUCAACCGAGGCUACAUGGACACACGGGUGGCCGCCAUGCCCUUCUACCCGCGGGGUCCGCCGAUGGGGAACCCUUACAUGGGGGGUGGGUAUGCGCUGGGCCCCCCCGCGAUGGAAGGAUAUCCCCCCAUGCGCGGAAUGGCUCCCCUGGUCAUGGGUCCUGAUGAGCUCACCCUCAUCUCCCCGCAGGCCGCCAUGCUGGCGCGGCAGCAGGCAGCAAUGAGGGGGCCGCGUCCAGGUCCUAUUGGGUCAGGCAGGCCCUCGCCAAUUGAGCAGCUCUCAGGUGCGGUCGAGGAUCUGUCCCUUGGGCCCCCGGAGCAGCCCUACCCUCACGCCCUAGCCCUGGCUCCCCCCCCUCUCCCCCUCACGAGAGCCGUCCGCUUCCCUCGGCGGCCCGGCAUGGGGACUUUGGGCCGGCCAGUGAAAGUGAAGGCAAACCACUUUCUGCUGGAACUCCUGCCGCGCGUCGAUCUCUUCCAGUACGAUUGCGUGAUUGCUCCUGACAAGAACAGCCGCGGCAUCAACCGCGUGGUGAUGAAGCGCCUGGUGGAGAUGUACCGCGCGUCCAGCCUGGGCGGCCGCCUGCCCGUGUACGACGGCCGCCACAACAUGUACACCGCCGGCGCGCUGCCCUUCCAGCAAAAAGAGUUCACCAUCGUGCUGCAGGACGAGGCCGACAUGCAGGCGCAGGGCAUGACCCCUUCGCGCAGCCAGACGUACACAGUGAUGCUCAAGCUGGCGUCGCGGCCGGACAUGGAGAACCUGCAGCAGUUUCUGCGGGGUCGGCAGGCGGAGGUCCCGCACGAAACGCUGCAUGUGCUCGACAUUGUGCUGCGGGAACAGGCCACGCAAAUGUACACUCCCGUUGGCCGCUCUUUCUACACAUCGCAGUUUGGGCGGGACGAGCUGGGGGACGGGGUGGAAAGUUGGCGGGGCUUCUACCAGAGCCUGCGGCCAACGCAGCUGGGCCUGUCGCUCAAUCUAGACAUGUCGGCGACCGCGUUCCUGCGGCCCAUCAUGGUCACGGAGUACAUCCAGCAGAUCUGUAACAUGAGGGAUCUCAACCGGGGCCUCACGGAUGCGGAGCGCCUGAAAGCCAAGCGGGCAUUGCGAGGGGUUCGAAUAGAGGUCACGCAUAGGGGGAACAUGCGACGGAAGUAUCGGAUCAACGGCAUUACGAACCAUCCCGUGGGGCAACUGACGUUCAAGGCGGACGCGGAGGGCACGAUGCUGACGGUGGCGCAGUACUUUUGGCAGACGUACAACUACGCGCUGCAGUUCCCAUCGCUGCCAGCUCUCGAGGUGGGCAACCCGGAGCGCAACAACUACCUGCCCAUGGAGGUGUGCCGCAUCGUGGAGGGGCAGCGCUACGUGCGCAAGCUCAACGAGCGCCAGAUCACGCGCAUGCUGCAGAUCACCUGCCAGCGGCCGCACGUGCGCGCGCAGCAGACGGAAGCGAUCAUUCAUCAGAAUAGGUACAACACGGACGAGUACUGCUGCGAGUUCGACAUCAACAUCGAGCCCAAUAUGAUGCAAGUCCAGGGCCGCAUCCUCCCUCCACCCAAGCUGAUGUACAGCGACUCUGGCAAGGAGCGCGAGGUGACCCCCUCCAUGGGCGCGUGGAACAUGAUGGGCAAGAAGGUGCGCGACGGCGGCCGCAUCGCCACAUGGGGCAUCAUCAACUUCGCAGUGCGCUGGGUCAACGAGCAGACGGUCAACCAGUUUGCGCGCGAGCUCGUGCAGAUGUGCACCACCACCGGCAUGCAAAUGAACUCGCGCCCCGCCAUUGAGCCCGUGGCCGGGCGGCCCGAGCUGGUGGCACGCGUGCUGGCCACGACGGUGGAGCGCAUCCGGUCGAUCUCGGGGCGCAACCCUGACAUUCUGAUGUGCAUCCUGCCCGAGAACAACGGGUCGCUGUACGGCGACCUGAAGCGCAUCUGCGAGGUGGACCUGGGCGUCGUCACACAGUGCUGCCUCUCCAAGCACCUCCAGCGCAACUCCAAGCAGUACCUCGCCAACGUUGCGCUCAAGAUCAACGUCAAGAUCGGCGGGCGCAACGCGCUGCUGUCGGAGGAGGUGGGCAAGCGGCUGCCGCUGAUCAGCGACGUGCCGACGAUUGUGUUUGGCGCGGACGUGACGCACCCGCACCCGGGCGAGGAGAGCAGCAGCAGCAUCGCUGCGGUGGUGGCCAGCAAGGACUGGCCGUUCGUGAGCAAGUACGCGUGCCUGGUGCGCGCGCAGGAGCACCGGCAAGAGAUCAUCCAGGACCUUUUCAACCCGGCGGACGGCGGCAUGGUCGUGGACCUGCUGCGCACCUUCUACAUCAACACCGGCGUCAAGCCCAUGCGCAUUAUCUUCUAUCGCGACGGCGUCUCCGAGGGCCAGUUCCACCAGGUGCUGCUGCACGAGCUGGACGCGGUGCGCAAGGCGUGCGCGUACAUUGAGGCGGACUACCAGCCGCCGGUGACGUUCAUCGUGGUGCAGAAGCGGCACCACACGCGGCUGUACCCCACGGACAGCAUGACCGACCGCAGCGGCAACAUCGUCCCGGGGACCGUCGUCGACAGCUCCAUCUGCCACCCCACCGACUUCGACUUCUUCCUGUGCAGCCACGCGGGCAUCCAGGGCACGUCGCGUCCGGCGCACUACUACGUGCUGUGGGACGAGAACCAGUUCACCGCCAACGCGCUCCAGCAGCUCACGUACAACCUGUGCUACACCUACGCCCGCUGCACCCGCUCUGUCUCCAUCGUGCCACCCGCAUAUUACGCGCACCUGGCCGCGUUCCGCGCGCGCUUCUAUGCCGAGGCGGACGGCGGGUCGGACAGCGGGUCCCGGCGCAGUGGCGCGGGGGCCAGCGCGGCUAGCCUGGGGGGUGGGCCCACCCGCCGGGGGAGCACUCCGGUGAAGCAGCUGCCCGAGCUCAAGGAGCCGGUGAAGCGCGUCAUGUUCUACUGCUGACGGGGGCAAGCCCCGGAUGGCACGCAUGCUUUGCCCGCGCAGGGGUCCGUCGAGACAGGGAGUCCGGUGGUUCGUAUGCAGUGUUAGGCCUGCGAGUUCUUCCAGUUUGUAUAGCGCCGCUUCGUGAAGGCUAGAUACAGGUCGACAUGGCAGCUGCUUCCUCGCGGGCACCAUCUGGUGCUUAAGUCUGCUAGCCGCCUAAUCGUACAAGUUCGAUUGUGUGGGAAAUUCCCCCUCCAGUAAGUGGCUCGAGCAACAGGAGCAUAGGCUGUUCGCUGCGUUAGGGUUUGGCGACAUGUUUUGCCAUUUCUGGUUCUUCUUUGGCAGACAUUAUCAUAUGGAAGUGAAGACUUCACACAGAAGUAGGGUUUCGAUGAUCAGGAUCAAAACUGCCUAGGUGUGAGAGUAGGUUGGGGUUAGCAGUGUCCACGCCCACAAUUGUGAUGCAGCAACUACUGAAAAAGCGUGCAAGAUAAACUUGCGGUUAUGUCUAAUUGCCAUUUUAUGUCAGUAC